AUGCGCCGUCCUUUGACGUCACCACUUCCUAGCUACACGUCUAGUAACCGCCUAGACCCUCAAAUAACAUCAGCACAAGACACCUCUGCUGACAUGUAUACACCACGGUGGUUCAGACGAUGGUGGUUUCUCCUAUACGUCAUACUCGGAUGCUAUACCAUCACUGUGAUUAGCUCCUUCAUGAUUGGAUAUUUUUCCACGCCUUCCUCUUUAGAGCUGCAACAGAAUGAAAUUUUGGGGCAGCAUGAAGUGCUAAUUGAUCCGAAAGUGGUGGAGGAAGCGACGCAGAUUAAUUCAGGGAACUCGGAAGAACCCGUUCAUGAUGCAAUGACGAAUAUAGAAGCUCUGAGUGUACAAGAGCACAAUCGUGAAGGUGUUACUACGACUAAUGUGCCUAAUGAUGUACGUUCUGGAGCGACUGCAUCCGAAAAUGCUCUAGCGGAUGUUAUCGUCAAGCCUAAUGAUCCACCCACUGCAAAACUAAAGGCAAUGAAAACACUGGCAUCUCUAUCCAAGACAAUUUCUAAUAAGAACGUUGAGAAUCCCAUACGCCAAAAUGAUGUACUAGUGGUUGUGGAUGAGAUGGAGGAGAAAAGGACCGAACGGUCCAAGAUUUCAAUUGAUAUGACCGGUUCCAAUGGCGGCACACUGCGGAGCCCUCACAAAGCUGAAGCAGAGAUGCAUCCGUCGCUAGAACAUGUGAAGAGCGAAAGUUUGGAUGGGCGAGACACGUUUAAGGCGCCGGUUUUGUUGGCGGCUCCAAUGAGUGACAAAACGCGACCGCUUGUACAUCGAUCAGUCGCGUUUAGCAAAGCUUUAAGUCUUGCACGCCAUCCCGAGACUAAGGCUCCAAACCCGAAUUUCAAAGUUUACCCACUAACCGAAAAAUUACCGGGAGAUGACAAUUUACUGAUCGCUGGGCUACGCAAUAAUACCGCAGAUCGGAAUUCAUGGUCGUCUGUUGAGUAUCGAGAAGAAGUAGAUCGCCUGGAAAGUUUAAAGAUAGAAGCCAACGAUGAAAUUUUACGAAUCAAAGAGCUCAUUGGAGCAGUUGACAUCGUUCUGUCCGAGGAAAAAGAUCGAUUUGAAGAAAAGCGCGUCGCCGAAACACUGGAUAUUAGACUGCAUCAGCCGCGAAAGAUCCGCAAUCGCUUGAAGUGCAUGGGCUGGCGACAAACCGGACAGUGCAUCUCUAACGGCCAACGUGAACCUAAAUCAGAUCUUGAAUGCACUCAGAUUACGCAAGGUGGUGUCUCUGGAUACUGCGAGGUGCUAGACGAGGAGACUGGUGAGUUGUUUCGUGUCAUGCAGCUAAAUUGCUCAAGCGUUCGGAAUCAUGUGGUAUUCUCAUGUGCGGAGGCUGCCGAUUUUGCGAAUUUUGGACUUGCGGCUCAGAAAAUUUAUCUAGACGCUUUAGCACAGAAUGCGUCAGACUCAUCACAACUACUGGGUAAUCAUGGCAACGGAAACGGCAUUGUCAUGGUGGUCUACCCUAAACUAAUGUCGAGUGUAUAUGCAUCGAUUAGCGUUCUUCGAUCAUACAACUGCACGCUACCAAUCGAGUUAUGGAUUUCGCGACCCGAAGUAAUACGCACGCCAAGUAUGAAAAUAGCAUUGGAACUGUUGCAGCAGCGGUUCCUUGAUGUGACUGUGGAAACCAUCACUGAUCCUACGAUUGCCGGCUUUUCAACGAAAAUUCAUGCUGUUCAUCAUAGCAAAUUCGAAAAUGUGGUAUUUCUUGACGCCGACAACAUCCCUGUAAGGGAUCCAACCUUUUUGUUCGAAAGUCAGGAAUUUCUGAACUAUGGUGCUAUCUUUUGGCCGGAUUUCUGGCAUCCAGAGAGAACUAUUUUUAAUAUUCAAAGCGAAUCUUUGUUGUGGCAGCUCGUUGAUCUUCCUUUUGUCGACAUGUUUGAGCAAGAAAGUGGUCAGCUUGUUAUUAAUCGGAAACGAGCCGCUAUAGCUUUGGAGGUAUUGCUUUUUUUCGCAAAUCAUCGCCCCAGUCACUUCAGUAAACUAAUGUUGGCUCAUGGCGACAAGGACCUCUUUCGACUUGCGUGGAUGAAGGCAAAAACACAAUUUUAUAUGAUUCCUUUUCCGCCUGCAUCUGCUGGUCCAGAGCGCGGGACGUACAGAAAGAAAUUUUGUGGCAUGACUAUGGUUCAGUUCGAUGCUGGUGGUAACAUACUAUUCCUACACCGCAAUUCCAAGAAGCUCGAUGCCAAGGUGGAUAAAUUGGAUCCACAAAUCUGGACACAUUUACAAUCAUUUACGUGGGAAAAAAACUUUACUUCUGACGGUGACGACAUUCAAGACACCGCAAACAAAUCGGCUGUCCAACGCAUGAUGAGCUACGAGGACAUAAAGCAGAAAUAUAGAAUCGGUGUUACGAAUAGCAUGCCACUUUUUAAGGAGGUCGAGCAUUGCUAUGGCGCAGAGCCCGAUGUUGUGGGCAACUUCAAUGUAGUUGAGUUCAAGGAGCUUCCGUUUGCUACGCUGGAGCAACAGUUGAUUGACUAUGCACAUGAUGGUGCUCUUCUGAUGGGACAAGCUCGAAAUCGUAUGGGUAAUUAA